AUGAUUGCAGUUGAAGGGAUUGCAUGGAUUGUGUAUGGAAUUGUUGUUACAUUAUUGUUUUUAUUUAGUAUAGUUUUUACGCGGUAUUUUCAAAAUAAACAUGAAUCUGAGUUCUUUGCAACGUUGAUCACCAUUUUAGCUUUGGGACUCGUAUUUUCAACUUUGAUAUUAUUACCUGUUGAUAUAUUCCUUGUUUCUUCAACAGUAGAUCAAACAAAAGGAAUUAAAAAGGAAUGGGCAACACCUGAAACAGUUGAAAUGAUGACACUGUCUAUAAAGACAGCUUAUUACAUUUGUUAUGGACUGAUUACUUUAUUUAGCUUCUUUUUGAUCCCAUUUGCUUAUUUUUAUUACGAAGAAUAUGAUGAUGAAGAGACAAGGAAAGAGCGUGUGUUAUCAGCUUUAAAGUAUACAUCCUUUUUUGUUAUCAUUUCAAUCCUUUUAUUUAUCUUUGGCUUAUUCUUGAAACCAACAACAAAGAUACCGAAGAUUGACUUGGAUUGGUUCAAAAAGCUAUUGACAGAUAAUAAUGGUGAAAAGGCAAUUACAUUUGUUAUAGCCUGUUUAAUUCUUCUCGGAAUGCUUGUAUUCAUUGCUUAUACAGCACCAGGAUUAUCUUUAUUACCUUUACAGUUAAUAAAAGGACAAAAGAGAAUUGACGCAAAAGUUGAAGAUAUUGAAAAUCGACUUGUGUCAAUAAGAGAAAGACAACGUAUGUUACUUUCCAAGUACAUGAAUCGAACUAUACCAAAUAAAGACAGAAGAGAAUUAGACGAAUUGGAAGAUGAAGAAAGAAUAUUGAUAAGGAGAAUGAGAAAUAUAGAAGAAGAUAAAUCGAGUCUCUUAAUAAAACUUUACACUUCUUUACGUCCUUUUGAAAUUGUAUUUGGUAUCUUAUUAUUAUGCUUAACUCUAGUCUUGAUUAUUUCGAUAUUUUUAACCAUAGUGGAUAAGAUUGCCUUUUCGUUAUGUGGAAGUCAAUGUGGCUAUGUCAUUAAUCAUCCAAACUUAUUUAAUCCUAUUAAUUAUGUUUUCAUGAAAUUAUCCGCUAUAUUUCCUUUGGAUUAUAUCUUUAUGGUUAGCUUAAUUUUAUACUUCUUUUUAACUACCAUGUUAGGUAUAAUUCAAAUUGGAAUUCGAUUUCUCUGGAUCACUUUAUAUCGUAUUAAAAGAGGCUCAACAGCACCUCAAGCCUUACUCUUUUCUACUGUUUUAUUAACAUUAAGUCUAUUGGCUUUAAAUUAUACUAUGACUACUACAGUAGCACCAGGCUAUGCACAUUUUGGAAGUCAAGUCUAUUGUAACCAAACUACUUUGACGGGUUAUCGUGAUUGCUCUCAACAUAAAGAAUUAAUUGUUCGAUGUGACGUAUUUGGUCCCACAGAUAUAUGUACACCUACUAUAUCUUCUUCUAUCAUUGAUAGGAUCAUCGUAAAUACACCCUUUUUUGGUGUAUUUUUUUAUUAUUCUCAAUGGAUAUUUUUACUCGUGUUUAUAAUUGGAUUUAUAAUUGCACUAUUUAAACGAUCAAGAAGCUGUUCUAAAAUUGAUCUGCAGGAGCUCGUGGAUGAUGAUGAAGAAGAAGAAGAAAGUUUAUUGGAUAGAAGGAAGCAAACUAGGAAUUAUCAUACAGCAUGA